UGAUGAGCCAAGAACGGGUGAAGAAAGCGACGAAGUGUUGGUUUAUGGUCCGUUGCCGCGAGAACCGGACGAGAAACUCUAUCCGUGGAAGUAUGAACGGAAAGAUAGCGGUGUACGGAGAUUCUUCCGCUUCUUCAAAGAAUUCGGCACAAAUCCACCACAACGACGCGGUUCUUCGACGACAUGUUCGCCUCGUCCACAGCGUGCAAACGCCUCGGGAAAUUGAUCGUUGGAAUUUCACCAAAUUUCUUCCAUAUAUCUAUACAUAUUUCUAUACAUUUAUUGAUUGAUAUGAGAAAUCGAUAUGAUCUGGACUCUAUGAUGUCUGUACCAUCACGCUACGAUUCUUUCUCACGGUCUCAUCGUCAUCAUACCAAAAAACAAACAGCACCGAAUAAUCGACACUCCAUCGGGUCGGCAUCGGGUCCAUUUGUGAAAGUUGUCCGUGGCUGCCGUAGGCACCGCAUGGACAUCUGUCACUUUUUGGCAGCUAUUCAAACCACUUUUCUAACCAAAACUAAACUAUUUCCCGUGAAUCUGAUGCCGAUUGAACUUCACGAGAACCACGGCUUGGAUGAGGUGUGGGCAUGA